UUGAUUGAACAGGAUUAUAUCAUCAAAUAAUAAUACUUUUUCAAAUUAAGCUUUACUACUGUUACCAAGCAAAAUUGAAUCAGAAAUCAUAUCUAUGUAUUCACCAUCUAAAUUAGAUAAUAUACCCCUGACAAAUCUAGAUCAGACUCUAGUGUCUCUAGUAGUCUAGAUUCUAGAUCUAAAUUCUAAAUCUAGAAAAUAUUUGAAUUUGGUAAUUACAAAUUACACUAAUUACAGAAUUUGUGUCUCAUCUUGAAUCAUAAAGAAUUCAAUUUAUUGAGAAAGAAAUUGUAGACAGUCAUGGAUGACCUUCUUUAUGCUCGUUUAUUGCAAGAACAGUUCAACAGAGAACUAGAAUUCAAAGAUCUUACAAGAAAGGAAGACCAUGAGCAUAGAAGUGGAACUAGAGUAACAAGGAAUAAUGUACAAGUCUCUGAAAUUGAUGAUUAUGAUUAUAGAAAUGAUGUGUCUCCUGUUGACCCAUCUUUAGAGUUGUCUGACCCCAAUCCAGACAUAUUGACACUGUUUCUUCAGUUCAAUAAAAGGUUCUUUUGGGGUUGCCUUUCAAGUAUAGAAGUGAAAUGGAGUCCUAGAAUGACUUCAUGUGCUGGAAUCUGUGUCUAUGAGGGCCGAGGUGGCCUGUGUUCAGUACGACUUAGUUUGCCUUUGUUGAAGUUAAGACCAAGGAAGGACUUAGUUGAGACGCUUUUGCAUGAAAUGAUCCACGCUUACCUUUUCAUAACAGAUAAUGACAGAGAUCAUGAUGGCCAUGGACCUAAUUUCAAGAGUCACAUGCAUAGAAUAAACAAGGCAACAGGAGCAAAUAUAUCAAUCUAUCACAACUUCCAUGACGAAGUGGAGUCUUACCAACAACACUGGUGGAGGUGUGAUGGACCUUGUCAGAACAGAAGACCUUAUUUUGGUUAUGUGAAGCGUUCCAUGAACCGUGCACCGUCACCUCGAGAUUUGUGGUGGGCAGAGCAUCAGAUGACCUGCGGUGGAAAGUAUACAAAGAUCAAAGAGCCAGAGAGCUACAGACAGAAGAAAAAAGAAAAAGAAGACAAACCUAAAGACAGAUCUCAAGACAUCCGAGCGUUUGUAGGCAAAGGAAACACAUUCAAUAACAGCAAAGGCUUUCAGGAUAAAGAAUUCACCACUACGAGCAGAACUGACUUCCAUGCUGAGAAAAACAAAACUAUACCAGACAAAUCUGACGAUGGUACACAAAAGGCUCUAAUUGUGAAUGGUGUUCUGAUAAGAAAAGGAACAUCGUCCUCUAGUCCACGGCCUUCAGCCAGCGGUAGUUUGCUGCCAGUUAAGGCCCCUGUUGAUAAGAUUGACUUGACCAAUAACUCGUCAAGCAUGGAAGAGGACUGGCAGGAGGAUGACUCGUGGAUGUUGGAAGCUGAAACGGGAAAUAAUUUGACAGACGGAAAUAAAACUCCAGCAAUCAGUUCACCUUCUGCCAACUUAAAAGACAGUAACUUAAAACCGAGAAGUACUGAGGAUAAAAGCAUGCAUAAGAUAUUUUCCCAAUUAGUUUCCAACCAAAACAAUGGCGUUAAGAUAAAAGAUACCCAGCCUAAAAAAUUGGGACAGUUGAAGAUUAACCAGGACACUCUAGGGUUUGUUCAAACAAAGUUUGCAAAAGACUUUACGAGCGUGUGUGAGCCUAUAAGCAAACCUUUACACAAAAAGACAACUAAAAAAUUUAGGUUUAGUGACUCCGAUACCGACGAUGAUCUAUGGAACCAGUCGCAGAGCAAGGACCCAAAGUGCCAAACUCGUAUAAAGACAUCCACAGAUGUACAAAGUAGUCCAGUAAUAAAAUCAGGUGACUGUGCAACUUUACAAUCAAGUUCUCGUGUUUCGGAUUCAGUACCACGUUCCUCAAAGCCAGAAAAUAACAGAUCAAGGACAAAUGAACAAAUUUCGACUUUUGAUGCCAAGGGAAUGAACUCUGCUACUAGUUCAAUGGAUGUUGGUAUAGGGAUAAACUCAGCAACUAGUUCAACUUUUGGUGUCAAGGGAACAAACUCUGCUACUAGUUCAACUUUUGGUGUCAAGGGAACAAACUCUGCUACUAGUUCAACUUUUGGUGUCAAGGGAACAAACUCAGCAACUAGUUCAACUUUUGGUGUCAAGGGAACAAACUCUGCUACUAGUUCAAAUGUACAGUUACAAAAUAGUAGCAAACAAAAUGAAGAUUUGAAGUUUUCAGGUCAAGGUUACAGGCUGGGCUCUGCAGACCAAGGAACUUCUUAUCUGUCUUUGAUUCGUAAAACAUUUACUUCUACAUCAGCAUUGCCAAGCAGGGGAGGUAAAUGUUCUCCAGUCGCUUCUGCCUCACAUCCUGAGAGUCAGGAGAUAAGGAAGAGAACUCUGGAUGACGCUUUUGGAGAUCUUUUCCCAGAGAGAGCAAAAAGCUCCAAAUCUGUUCCAGUUACCCAGCAGAGUGAUCUCCCCAGGCAGAAACAACCAAACGGCCACAUGGAAACUGAUCAUCCUGCUUCUGACAAAACUGUUGUGCCUUGCCCAGUCUGUAACCAGCUGGUUGAAGCCUCUGUCAUAAAUAGCCAUCUCGAUGAGUGCUUACUCUAAACCAGCAAUGCCCGACACAGAGCCUAAGGGCCCUAUCUGGUCUGUGUCACAGUUAUGUGGCCAGAUCCUAUGAGCUUUAUCUGGUCUGUGCCACAGUGUUAUCUGGCGCAGGGAAUAACAAAACAGCGGAGGCUCUGUUUUGUUGAACUCGUCGACAUUGUGGACAUGUGACCUGUAAAUGCCCCCCCCCCCC